CUCCCCCAUCUUUCUUUGAAAGUUGAAACCCAACCUUGCCCCUUCUCUCUCCCUCGCCGCCGGAACCGGUGACUCCCUGCGACGGCGCCUCGAAUUUGCGACGCCAAUCGGACCCACGCGACGGCCGACGGCACUCGAGCAGCGGCGGCGCAGUACCAACAAACGCCUCAUGCACGCAGAUCUGCGACGGCGACAGUUACCACGCGGCGGCGACCGGUGACGGCGCAGAUCUGCACCAUUCGGGACAUCCGAGGCUGAGACCUGCAACACCCACCUUUGGAUCUGCGAAGCCACGCUCCGUUGGUCUUAGAUUGGGCGCCUAGGCGCUGGUGGACCCACAUCUGUAGCGCGAACUCAAUUCGAGCAUGACUUCUUCUAUCAGCAGGCUCUCCACUGCCAUGGAGAGAACGGGACAAUGGAUUUUUUCUCAAGACAUCCCCACCGAUGUAGUGGUUGUAGUGGGCGAAGCCCAUUUUUCUGUUCACAAGUUCAUGUUGGUGGCAAAGAGCAACUACAUCCGAAAACUGAUAAUGGAAUCGACGGAAGCGGACCUGACGCGGAUCGAUCUGACGGACAUUCCGGGCGGCGCGGAGAUAUUCGAGAAGGCGGCGAAGUUCUGCUACGGCGUGAACUUCGAGAUCACGGUGCACAACGUGGCAGCUCUCCGGUGUGCGGCAGAAUAUCUGCAGAUGACGGACAAGUACUGCGAGCACAACCUGGCCGGCCGGACUGAAGAUUUCCUGUCGCAGGUGGCUCUCUCCAGCCUCUCCGGCGCCAUUGUUGUGCUCAAGUCUUGCCACCAUCUCCUCCCCAUGGCCCAAGAUCUUUACAUUGUCCAAAGAUGCGUAGACAUUAUCAGUUCCAAGGCCUGCAACGAGGCGAACUAUCCAAGCCGGUCGCCGGCGAAUUGGUGGACGGAGGAGCUCUGCAUCAUCGACAUCGCCUUCUUCGCCAAAAUCAUCUCCGCAAUGAAAUCCCGCGCCGCCAAAACCCCAACCCUCGCCGCCGCUCUCACCACGGCUAGGUCUCAGGUUCAGGCCGACGUGUCGUUGGUGAAAGAGAACGAGGCGCUGCGGUCCGAGCUGAUGAGGAUGAAGCUCUACAUAUCCGACAUGAACAAGAAUUCUCAUGGAACGUCUUCCAUGAAGGGUGGCUCCAAGAGCAAGGGCACGUUCUUCUCCUCUGUCUCCAAAACGCUGGGCAAACUCAACCCCUUCCGCCACGGCUCGAAGGACACUUCCAACUUGGACGACGGUGUCGACGUUACCAAGCCGAGGAGGAGAAGGUUCUCCAUAUCCUAACCAGUUCCGAAUCAAUUGCAACACGGAUGGAAAUCCGGUUUGUGCUUUAUUUCUUUGAUUUGUGUGAAUAUGGAAUUAUUCAUUCAUGUUGUUUGGUUUCUUUGAACCAAAUUUGUUUGUUGUGUCGUUGAUGUUUUGUUUUCCGCUGGCUGUAUGUGUGUUGUGAUCUGUGAAGAACCAUACUAAAUAUAGCUAUCAAAAUUCUAAGUUUUUCAUUCA